UACCGCUCUCAUCAUGCGGCGCGGGACCGCUGCGUCACGGUGACAUCACAGCGUCGCUGAGAUGACGAUGUCGUGUUGGUAGUAAUGUGCGCGCUCGUGUUGCUGUUUCACAUCUCUGCGGAUCAGCCGUGGGUUUAAACCUUUCCAGCGCCGCCCUUCACGCAUGGAGUUGCGCACCCAGACGGUCCUGGCGAGUCUGGAGAUGUCGGAGGUGAAAAGCGACGGCGGAUCGUCGGAGGGCGACGAGGAUUACGAGAGUUUGCCCGCUCAUGCGUCCCUGGGCACGCACAUGACAGCAGGCGCCGUGGCCGGAGUGCUGGAGCACACAGUCAUGUACCCCGUGGACUCAGUCAAGACACGUAUGCAGAGUUUACAGCCGGACCCAAAGGCUCAGUACCGUAGCGUGUACGGAGCGCUCAAGAGGAUUGUGCGGACCGAGGGCGUCCUUCGGCCCUUGAGGGGCCUCAAUAUCACUGUGCUGGGGGCCGGCCCCGCCCACGCACUCUAUUUCGCCUGCUACGAGCGAAUCAAGCGCAGCCUUAGUGACAUCAUACAGAAUGGUGGCAACAGCCACAUUGCUAACGGUGUGGCAGGAAGUGUUGCCACUGUCCUCCAUGAUGCAGUCAUGAACCCAGCAGAAGUGGUGAAGCAGAGGAUGCAGAUGUAUAACUCUCCAUACCGCAGCCUGUACGACUGCGUACUGACGGUCAGUCGCAAGGAAGGGCUGGCCGCCUUCUACCGCAGCUACAGCACUCAGCUGACCAUGAACAUCCCCUUCCAGGCCGUUCACUUCAUCACUUACGAAUUCAUGCAGGAACAUUUUAACCCAGAGCGCCAGUACCGGCCUGAAACGCACAUCCUGUCCGGAGCGGCGGCCGGAGCCGUGUCCGCUGCCAUCACCACUCCGUUAGACGUGUGCAAGACCUUGUUAAACACGCAGGAGAACGUGGCGCUCAGCUCCGCGCACGUCAGCGGACAUCUCUCCGGCAUGGUCAACGCUUUCAGGACGGUUUACCGGCUGGGCGGCGUGCCGGCGUUCUUUAAAGGCAUCCGAGCUCGGGUCAUUUAUCAGAUGCCGUCUACGGCCAUCGCCUGGUCCGUCUAUGAGUUCUUCAAGUACUUUUUGACCCAACACGAGCCGCACAUCCAGGAACUGGGGAGGGACGCUCACAAGGCCAGUUCCACAUGAGGCCCGUUCAACCGAUCCAAAGAGUGAGUGUGAAGAUCAGCGGAUGUUGGAAGAGGCCUUUGGCUCCAAGGGGAAUGUAGAUACUCGUUUCAUAUGCAGUAGACACUCCAGCAGCUUCUUUGUUUGUCGCUAACCUAUUAAUUUAUUGGAAGGGUUUAAUGUUGUUACAAGAAUGUAUGGACGCUGCACACUACAGAACGUUUCUUGUAAACAUGACGGAAAUGGAAAGGUAAAGAUGUGUAGAUGUUUUGUUUGUAUUCUCACCCAUGUAACAUAUUUAUGAUUGAGCGUGAUGGUGUAUGGAUUCGCAUUUAUAUUUAUAUAUGCACUCACGCCGUCUUCUCAAUAUGGAAGGUUGUUUCCACCACUGAAUAAAAAUAAAAAAAGAUAAUUGCUACUUUUUAUCUCAAUUCUCAUUUCAUAAUUUGCAAUUCUGACGUUAUGACUUGCAAUUGUGCAUUAUAAAGGCAGAAUUUAUAGUUUAUGUCUCGCAAAUCUGACUUUAUAACACGCAAUUGCGACUUUAUAUCACGCAAUUCUGACGUCAGAAUUGUGAGAUGGAAAAAGUAGCAAUUACCGUUUUUAUUUUUUAUUCAGUGGCGGAAACAAGCUUCCAGAUCUCAAUGAUAAAACAAUCUCAUGAGGCCUUUUUUUAUUUUAUUGGCUUUUCUGGACUUUCCCAUUUUUCAGGGGUUCAGGAGAGUUUGUUUUUAUUGUAAUUAUUUUUAAUAAUUCAAGGCAUUGCUGAAUUCUGUUGUGUAAUAAUCAGACCAGUUUUUAUUGCUGGUCUUAUUAUUGCCUAAUCAUCUAUGAAAGCUGCCUGGGUUUCUAACUAUUUUAAAUCGGGCACACUGCUUUUUUAAAAAACCUUGAUGCGUUUUAUCAAGAACAUCGUUUUCUUAGUCAGGGAAGACGCUAUAUUUAAUUUGACUCAAAUAAAACGAGGCUGUUAGCAAUGGAAUUACAGUAGGUAAUUUUCACAGCCCAAGUUUUUGGCCGCUACAAUUUUUACGACAUAAUGAACAAACGUUAUUUUCAUUCACAUUCAUUUAAAUGUCAUAUACCCUGAAAAAAGUCAGUUUUCAUGCAUUUAGCUUUACCAAAUGUGAUUUUACACUUUACAUUUUAAGAUUUGAUUUCCAAAGAAUAAUUUGGAUACUAAUUGAAUCAAAUUGCCUGAUUUCAUCACACUAAAGCACUUCUGAAACAUGGUGUAUGGAUUCCUUUGCUAAUGUAUUCGAAAUUACGUCAGCAGUGGUAUUUGAAAGUUGAAAUGAAUGAGUUUUUUCGUGCGAUAACAUAUUUCUUUUAUUGUUUUAGGGCAUGACCGCCAUCAGCGUAUUUAUAUAUAAUAUAUAUUUGUAUAUAAUUAUGAGAUGUGACUAUGCAGUGGGUUUUGCGGCUUUGGAAGUUUAUCUGCUCGUAAGACCAUGCACUAAAGCUGCAGUUGAAAUCCCAAACCCAGAAUGGAAUCUUUAAUGAAUUACAUAGGAGGUUUUACAGCUGACAAUCUAUUUCAGUCUGGGAACAGGUUUAUUCUGUUUCUGAGCUGUUUGUGAAUAUCUUUUGUGUUCUGCCUCUUUAUGACUCUCCAGAUUCAGUCACCCGUUCAGAAUGGAGCUCGCCUUGUUUGCCAGAAAUAGACCUUACUCAGAGUAGAUGGCAUAUAUUUUAUUUGUUACGAAUGAAAACAAGGUUGAUGUCAAGACAUUGAAGGUGUAGUUUCAGUAUAUCGGGCCGAAAUUAAAGCUUUAUUUAAAGGGAUAGUUUAUUCAAUAAUGUACUCAUUUACUCAACCUCAUGUCAUGUCUUCGAAACACAAAUGAAGAUAUUUUUAACAUUCUCGCGUCCUUUUUGUCCAUCCAUUAAAAGUCCACACAAGCAACAUUUUCAAAACUUUGUGAGUAAAUUAUGAGGAAAAUUUUAUUUGAAAGUGAACUAAUCCUUUAAUAAACGCAUCAUAUAAGUAAUCCAUAGAGGUUUAAUCCAAGAUAGGCUUUUAUUUUUUAACACUGAACACGUCAAACAUGGUCAACGGAAGCUCAAACGUGAUUGCUUGACGUGCGAGAACCAAUGAGGUUUGUUCCGUUUACCAUAUUUGAUUAGAAGGUUUGGAUCAAAAUGCAUAAUUCAUGUGGAUGACUUUAACAAUGUCUUUGUGAAAUUUUGGUUGAGUGGACUUUAAAUGGAUGGACAAAAAAAUGACGUGGGUGAGGUAAAUUGACUUUCAGUCUGGAAUUGGUUGAAUUUCUUGAAUGAAGCCCGAUAUGUCGGUUUUAUAGUUCUCGUUCCCAGCAAACGACAUGCUCUUAAGGUCUGUGAGGGAUUUGCACUGGAAUCACGCACAAUAGUCAAGCGAGUGGAGGAAUAGAUUUGUAAAUAGUGUAUAGUAUUUGUAAGAGUUGUUUGUUUUGACAACUCUGAUUUGAAUUUGAAUAUAUUUUAUUUGACUUUUAGCUCUUGAUUGAGAUGAUGCGUGUAUGCAGGACGUCCUGUUAUUGGAGCCACAGAUGAAACGCACACCAAAAGCAUCCUGCAGCCUUAGAUAUCACAGCGCCAGUGUUUUAUUUGCCUCUUCAUGCUAGCAUUCAUCAGCUAGCGUUCAUAAGGGGAUUCGCCGCAUCUCUGUAACCUGUGCAGAUUCCCAUCAGCGCAUGGGACGGUGUGUGAGAGGGUUUCUGGUUUUACUAUGAGCUGACUGGUUCAGCUAGCUGUGUUCUGUGUGGUCCGUGCCUUUCCUGUGUCCUCUCUCACUUCCUGUUCCCUUGGACUUUUGUCCUCGGCCUUCUGUUUGUUUCAGCUCUGAAGGGUUGGACAUUCCGUAACGUCGGUCCAAUGAGAUUUUUGUUUGUUUGCCUUUGAUUAAAUGCUUAUUGGUUUAGUGCUUCAGUUGCUUGUUUGUUUCCAGACCACUUUUUCAACUAGCAUCUAGAAACCAAAGAAAUUGACUCGUUCACUCACUACAUUACCAUUACAGUAUAGCUUUAUAUAUAUAUAUAACUAACUUAGACAUUUCAUUAGUCACCCUUUUAAAAUGUCGCAUUGGGGAACAAUGAUGUUAGCGUUUGAGGUGUUGAGAUUUAUAUAGAGAUGUGUUUAAGUUUGACUUUUUUAGGAUGCGUAUCUGUUCAUUACGACUGAGAUGAUGGAUGUGGUGAUAUUAGUCAUAAUGGGCCACACAAAGCCUUUUGUUUGAUUGACCAAGGACGAAUUUCCGUUAACCUUUGGCUCCAUGUUGUACGGUGGAAACCCCAUGGGUUUGUUUCCUCUGGGACCAGCAUUUUUGAAUGCUUUGUAUCUGUAAUUGCUCUGCAAAACUAGUUUUAAAAUACACAUUGUAUUUGACUCAGUUUUGAAUCGUAUUUCAUUUUUGCAUUUGGGUCGAAUAUUAACAACAUUCCGUUCGGUCUGUGUAUGUUGAUCUUGCCUGUCUUGCUGAUGAUCAUCACUAUGUACCAUGCUUUGAGAAAACAGAUGUAUCGAUGUCUUAUCCUGACAUCUGCCGCAUUAAUUGCAGUAAAGAAGUGCUGCAGUAUUGCCACUCUCAAUAUGCAACAUGAACACAUUCAUGUCUUGGCCGCUUUAUGCGCACAUUGUAGAAGAAGUGGGAGGAUUUUAAUAAAGAUAGUGCCAUCUAGUGUACGCAAAUGUUUUUUUUUUUUUGUUUGUUUUUUACUGCAAUGAAAAUGAAAGAUGUAGACUCAAAAACUGAUUGGUGGAAAUGCUGCUACAGUUUGGAACACUGGAGCUGAAAUAAAAUGCACAAUGAUUAAA